UUCCCGCCCUUUACUUGUAGGCGGGAUUUCCGCUUGGCGGUGUGCCUUGUUGCCGGAAAUCUGAGUAACAUCACUUCCGGAGAAUAGAGCCAGUUGCUAGGCUGCUAGUCGGACCGUUUAUAGCUUCCGGUCUAGUCGUGUGUGCGCGGGAGUCUCUUCCGGGUUUGGGGGCACCAUGAGCACUAUGUUCGCCGAUACUGUCCUUAUCGUCUUCAUCUCGGUGUGCACGGCGCUGCUGGCCGAGGGUAUAACAUGGGUGCUGGUUUACAGAACAGAGAAAUACAAGAGACUGAAAGCUGAAGUGGAAAAACAAAGCAAAAAAUUGGAAAAGAAGAAGGAAACGAUAACUGAAUCAGCAGGCCGACAGCAAAAAAAGAAAAUAGAGAGGCAAGAGGAGAAGCUGAAGAACAACAACAGGGACCUGUCGAUGGUUCGAAUGAAGUCCAUGUUUGCAAUUGGCUUUUGCUUUACUGCCCUCAUGGGCAUGUUCAACUCCAUAUUUGACGGCCGGGUGGUGGCAAAACUUCCUUUUAUCCCCCUCUCCUAUAUCCAGGGCCUGUCCCAUCGCAACCUGCUGGGAGAGGAUUACACUGACUGCUCCUUCAUCUUCCUCUACAUUCUCUGCACCAUGUCUAUCCGACAGAUCUCUGUUGCUUUUUCCUCUGGAGGUGCCAAGGGACUUAGAAACCCUUACAGCAGGUCAGCAGAGGAAAUGACUCUUGUGCCAACUUCUAACAGAGGGGUCAGGAUGGGCUUGGUGAAGUGGCUCAAUAAUGGAAUGAAAGCUCCUUUACCCCAAAAUAAGUGCAUAUUAAUGGAUCAAACAGAUUCUCUCCCUCCUUCCACAGCAGGAUCCUUCAUUAAAUCAGAUCUGUGUCCAGUCUUGUGUAAAGGAACAAGGCAAACAAAUUAGCAAAAGCCAUCAAGUCCACCGACCCCUUAUUAAAUGCUCUCAGCACAGCAGGUCUUGUCCAGUGCUCUUUCCCUGGCCUGGAACUAGAACAGCAGGUGCUGUUGUGUGCUGAAGGGUUUGUCUAGCUUUUGUGGUUUCUGUGUCACCCACUGGGAAGCAUUUGUGUUGUUUCUACAGUGACUGCCCCCCAGUGAAUCUCACACCAGAUAGCAAGUGCCUUACAGGGGAAACUCUCCUUGCCACCAAUUUGUGUUACAAUGUGGCUCUACGCCUUUCCAUUCUAACACAAUAGACUUUCUUUUGCACCCUUGAAAGGCCAGGAGUAGUGAGAGUGAAACUCAGAUUGUGCUGGCUGCUGUAUGUCUGCUCUGCACAAGUUGGAUACUUGGGGAAUUCAGUGGCUGAAAAAUCC